AUGGAGACAGCGGCCACCACUUUCACUCUCGCCAAUAACAAGUGUUGCGCAACCACGGGCCGUAACCACAACUCUCUCCGCGUCCCCACCACCACCACCUACCUGGUCAGCGGAGUAGGACACGCGGGGUCGACGCCCGCGCAGCCUCGCCAGGUGAAAGUGGCCCCUCUCCCCUCGCCCCUCAGCCACCCGCUCCUCCAAUGGCGGCUAAGCGCCUCGCCAACUUACCUGUGCACGCGCCUGUUUUUGCAACUUGGCCAUGGGGGCUAUUACGAUAACUGCGAAACACUGCUCCAGCUACAAAUACGUAAACGCAUGAUGGCCUUUGUUGUUCAAUGA